CCUGGGAUGGUGGAAGGGUUUUUUUUCCCCACUAUCUCUUCUAACCAUGCUCUUUCCAUUUCAACUCAUUCCCCCUUGUCUCAUCACUACCUGCUGUUGUAAACAGCCUUACCUCAUCUUUCCUGGAAGUUCCUUUCAGUGCUGCUCCAUGGCAGAGAGCUGUGAGAAGGGGCUGGGGAUGAGCCAGAGUCACAGCAAUUCUGCUUUGGAUUAUUCAGGAGACACCUUUGAGUCCUUCAGUGAGGAAGAGGAGAGCCAAGCAAGAUGCUGGUGUUGCACAGAGGAUUUGGGAAGCUCAUCAUCACAGGCAGGCCAAAGUCCUGCAGAGGAGGAGUCUGAAGCUGUGGAAAGAGCUGCCACAGGAAAAUGGAUGGAUGUGAAAAAUAAAGACACUGGGAUUAGGCCAGACAAAUUUGCCAUCACAGCUCCUGCUGCAAUCCCUGCAUUCUCCCCAGAGGAGCUGGAUGCUCUCAGGAGUUUCUGCAGCAGCAGGAUCAGCAGGAUGCAGCAGGAGCAGGCAGGGAAAUGCAGGAAGCUGCAGUGGAAGAUGCCAGCAAGGAAAAGUGAGAGUGGAAAUUGUUGUGAUGUUCCUGCCCAGCUGCUGAACAGGAUCCUGCUGGAAAACACCAGGCAGGCUGUGAAACAGGUGACAGAAGCUGAAAUCCACGAGACUUCAACAUGUCCUGAGUGCCAGCACAAGGAGGCAGAGCUGGCCAGGGCUGCCUUUCUCAGGCACAAAAAAAAUCUGCUGGAAAGUGCUUUAAUCCAAGAGAAAUUGGAAGAACACCUUUACUCCAGAGACAUGCUCACACUUCUAGGAGAAGCCCUCAGGAGCCUUCCCAAACCUUCAGAGGAUUUGUGGCAAAAGCUGAAGGAUCAGGGAAUGGAAAACCAGAAUCAGCCAUAAUUCCAGAGGGUGAAGAGCUGGGAGAGCCUCCUGUGGGCAGUGACCUCCAAAAUUCCAAGGAUUUUUGGAUCUGAGCUGCUCUGGCAGUGAUGGAUUGGGUGCUGCUUGAAUAUUCCUGCAGGUGGAACCAGAUCUGCCUGGCUGGGGUGUGACUCAACCCUUUCUCCUUCCUCAAUGCAAAUAUUGCAAUAUUUUGUGAUUCAUCUCCAUAGGUUUCUCAAAUUCUAGGGAGCCAAGAGUUUCCAUUAUUAAUCUGGCAAGGCAGAAGUAUUGUUUUUUUGUGGGAUUGCAGAGCUGCUUCCAUCCAUAAGGAAAAUAAAUGAUUCUGUUUGCCAGGCCAGGGAGGUGUAAUUACUGCAUUUCAGCUCAGUCUUUGCCCACUGUCUCAUGGUAAAUUGAAAGUGAGAGCCCCAGGUGGAGGACAAAAAGCCAAGUUAACUAUAGAAAGCAGUGAAAUGAAAUGCAGUAUUUACAGAAGGGAAAUAAUGAGGCUGUAACAGAAAUUAAUCAGCAGGACUGGGGAUGCCAGUGGGAUGAGAAAUUAUAAUAAAUUAAUCAUGAAAUCUAUAUAAGAUAGAAAAAAAACCAACAGAUUAAAACUGGAAUAAGAAGGAUAAG